CCAAGAUGUAGCGUAAUAUUUCUUUCAGUUCACGCGAAGCCAUGGACGACUCCAAGGGUAGGGGGACUAUAGAACCAGCUGCCAACUUUAAUGCCGAAAAAGUUGCAUCCCGUCUACGGAAAGCAAUGCGGGGAAUCGGGACGGAUGAAAAAGUUAUUAUAGAUAUUAUGGUUGGUCACAACAGUACUCAAAGACAAAUAAUAAAGAAGAAAUAUAAGACAAUGUAUGGGCGGAUUUUGACUGAAGAUAUUAAAGCAGAAUUAGGAGGCCAUUUUGAAGAUGUGUGUUUAGCUCUUCUAACACCUUUAGCCGAAUAUGUGGUAGAUUGUCUUUAUUUUGCGGUAAAAGGUAUCAGAGUAGAUGAAAACUGCAUUGUCGAAAUUUUAGUUGCUCUUGAAUAUAUGGUAUGA